CCUUUUUGACCCCACAGGGCUGCUGUAGUCAGGCAGUCGCUUGUAGCAAACCACAGUUACCAACAGCCCUUCCACGAACAGUUUUCAUUUACGACAUGGCAAUGAUCACCGUCCCCACCACCGCCUCCCGGUUCGCCCUGCUCCAGAUAGACUCGGAUUCGGACUCCGACGCCUCCGAUGCGGGGAAGACCAACAACAAAUCCGGACGAGACUCUUCCGGAAAGCCCCGACAUGGAAAGGCAGGAGCCGGGGGGAAAGGGGCUCAGUGCAACGACAAGAAGAAAGACAAGAAAAAGAAGAAGAGGGAACAGCAGCAGAGUGAGGCAAAUGAGCUACGUAAUCUGGCCUUCAAGAAGAUUCCCCAGAAGUCUUGUGUCCCACCUCCCACUAUGACUCUGUCCGGAAUAGCCGGUGAACUCCUCAGUCCUACAUCCACGGAUAACAUGGUACCUCCAGAGGGAUGGCAACAGUGGAAGCAGAAGGAUGAACAAAUAACCAGUGAGCUCUAUGAGGCUGACUUGGAGAAGGCCUUGAUUCUAAGCAAACUGGACUUUGAACAACAAAAACCGAACACCAACACAAACGCAUCCUCGCCAAAGGCACGAGUAGGUAAAGAUGGCGGAGGGAAGAAGGACAAAAAGAAGAAUCAGCAGGCGAAAGACAAAAAGACGGUUUCACUGCAGGACUUCCAGGCGGAGGGGAGUGCAGAACAUUUGAAUAAGAAGCAAGAGAAAGAGGAUGCCAGAGUGGCUAACCUAGCACUGGGGAACGGGCCCGAGGAGCGUUUCUUCAACAAGGUCGAGGAUGACAUCGCUCGAAUUGUCCAACAGGAGAAGAGACGCGAGCAGUUCACCAACAGCCAGGGACAAGAAGUCAUCACCUCCACAGAACAUGAACCCGAUCCCAGAGCAGAGCAGCUGAAGUACGAUCUGGAGAAGAAAGACAACGAAAUCGAGAAGCUAAAGAAGAACAUUACACAGUGGGAGGGGAAAUACAAAGAGGUGAAAGCAAGAAAUUCCCAGCUGCUUAAGAUGCUCCAACAGGGAGAGAUGAAAGAUAAAGCAGAACUCCUUCUACAGGUAGAAGAGCUACUACACAUAAAAGAAGAACUGUCAUCACAGGUAUCAUCACUACACGCGGCCCUUGAACAAGAAAAGUCUAAAGUCAAAGGUCUGCAGUCAGAUCAACCAAAACAUCAGGGAAACAAAAGAGGAAGGAAAGGCUCGGAGAUGGAUCUAUGAAGGUCCCAAAUGGGAAAGACAUAACAUCCAAAUUAAAUAAAUCAAUGAACAAAUGAAGAAAA